AUGGAGCAGUAUAGAAUCUUUGUACGUGGGUACAAAUAUUUGUACAGGUCCCUACAGUCGGUAGAGGCCUCCUCCGAGGACUAUCACAGAUGGCUAGAGAUGGCUUCUACGGCGAUAGAAUCUUUGGAGAGAAUGCUCAACAGUUCCAACAUCACCAGGGCUGAAAAACAAAGCUACUCCGCAUCGUUGGGUCACUUCAUUUCAAUUCAACUACGACUUUUGAAUCUUCUAGAACGAAGAGGAGGCGAAAUUCAUCAACUGGACCAGGAUCAAGCCGCUCCACCAGGUCAAGCUGCUCGAGUAAGCUGGAGAGAUGUGCAGGCUGCUUUCGAAAAUCGUAUUCGGACUGGAGUUAUAACAAAUCUGGGGCGCAUGGACAUCCAUGAAUUCUUGAAGGAAGUACAGCCGCUGUUCGAAUCAAAGAUCGAAGAGGCUCUCAGAGCACAUCCAUCUGUGAAGGUCAACGUAGUUUUGUACGCACAGUUCUCAACGAUUCAGAUGGACUUGGACGUCAAACACUUUACCACCGAGAAUAAAAGUAUUUAUCGAUCUACCGAUAUAUCCGAGGUGUAUCAACAUUUUAAAAAUACCUUGUGUCAAGAUGUAGAAGAAGCCGAAGGUCAGGGAUCUGGUUGGAGUCUAAUUUCUAUCUUGAGUUUACAGGUGAACAUUAACAAGUUGAAUCCGAUGCAUGCGAAUACAUUUAUUCCCCUACCAACCCCCAUAUACAACAAACAUGCAUGUGUUAAUGUGAAGAAUAAUGAUGACCAAUGCUUUAAAUGGUCUGUACUAGCAGCUUUACACGAGAUUAAAAAAAACGCGAGUGAGCUCUCUCACUAUCUACCCUAUCAAAAUGAUCUGAAUUUCGAUGGUAUAACCUUUCCCGUUCGUAUAAAAGAUGUAUCAAAAUUUGAAAAACAAAACGAAGUUUCAAUAAACGUGUAUCAUUUGAUAAAAAGAUCGCAAGAGUAUAAAGUAGCUCCGGUUCACUUGACUUCUUUGAGAAAAGAGAAACACGCCAAUUUGCUAAUUAUUCAAGAUGUUUAUAUUGACGAAGAAUGCGAUGAUUUAGAAGUAACGGGUGAGCCAAAAUAUCACUAUGUAUUAAUAAGGGAUUUGUCAAGAUUAAUAAGAUCUCAGUUGUCGAAUCAUAGAUGUAAAUGUUUCGUUUGUGAACGAUGCUUGCAUUAUUUUUGGCAAGAGGAAAAAUUAAAAGCACACUUACGAGAUUGCAGUUCAUUGAAUCAAUGUAGAAUUGAACUUCCAACCGUGCAAAAUUCCAAGUUGCGCUUUAAAAAUUAUUAUCGUAAAGAACGUGUUCCAGUAGUUGUGUAUGCCGAUUUUGAGUGUCUCCUGCGAGAGCCAAUCAAAGAGCACGAUCGAGUUAUUCAAACGCAUCAGGCAUUCAGUGUUGGGUUCUACGUAAAGUAUAGUUUCGACGAUUCACUGUCCGAGUAUAAAUGCUACAGACAGACUUCUGCCGACGAUCUCAAGACCCCUUCCCAAUGGUUCAUUGAACAACUGAAAGAAAUUGCCGUGAGCAUGGAUGCUCGAUUCAGCAAUGCCAAACCGAUGAAACUUACGCGAGAAGAUUGGUUAAAGUAUGAAUUACAAGAGACGUGUCACAUAUGUGGUCGUCCAUUUUCCGCGGAUGAUCCUAAAGUACGAGAUCAUUGUCAUCUAUCCGGAGUUUUUAGAGGAGCAGCUCAUCAAAGCUGCAAUUUGAAUUACAAAAAUGCAAAGUAUAUACCAGUGGUCUUCCACAACCUGACGGGAUAUGAUUCACACCUGUUUAUCAAGGAUCUUGCUACCUCGGAGGUUAUGAAAGGACACGUGAAGCUCAUACCCUUGAACAAGCAGAAAUAUAUAUCGUUCAUCAAACACGUCGACGAUACCAAAAACAACGUACACUUUCGUUUCAUCGACUCGUUUAGAUUUAUGCCCUCUUCGCUGGACAAACUCGCUUCGUAUUUGGAUACUCACCCGAUCGUCGACAAAGAAUUUUCUGCUUAUACGAGCGAGCAGAUCAAGCUGUUGAAGAGAAAAGGUGUUUAUCCCUACGACUAUACUCGCUCUUUUGAAAGUUUGCGCGAGCAGCAAUUGCCAUCGAUCGAAAGAUUUUAUAGCAUCAUGUCCGAGCAAACGAUCUCGGAAGAAGACUAUCAACACGCUCAAGAUGUGUGGAAUUCAUUUCAUAUAAAAACGCUCGGUGAGUACUCGGAUUUGUAUCUCAAGACUGAUGUUCUCUUACUCGCAGAUGUGUUUGAAAACUUUCGCAACAUGUGCAUUGAAUCCUACGAGCUCGAUUCGGCUCAUUACUUCACCACUCCAGGAUACGCUUGGGAUGCUUGUUUAAAAUUAACAAAUGUCACUCUCGCACUUAUCACAGACAUCGACGUGCUACUCUUCAUUGAGAGAGCAAUUAGGGGUGGUAUUUCUCAGUGCUCAAACAGGUACGCCGAGGCCAACCACAAGUACAUGAGCUCCUACGAUGCAAGCAAGGAGGAAAAGUAUCUCAUGUACUACGACGUCAACAAUCUAUACGGAUAUGCAAUGAUGCAGUCUCUACCUUACGGUGGUUUUCAAUGGGUCGAGAGCAGCACUAUCGAAAAAAAUCCAAAAUUUUGGGAUGUAUCCCCAGAGUCGGAGAAGGGCUAUUUUCUCGAAGUAGACUUGGAGUAUCCGAGGACACUUCACGACGAUCAUAAAGAUCUACCCUUUUGCGCUGAAAAGAUGGUUCCACCUGGCUCUAAGACGUCAAAAUUGUUGACAACGCUGUACAAUAAACAAAGGUACGUAUUACACUAUCUCACUUUGAAGCAAGUUACUGAGCAGGGGUUGAGGGUUACCAAGAUUCAUCGAGCCUUGGAAUUUUUGCAAAAACCCUGGAUGAAACCGUACAUCGACUUUAAUAGCGCCAAGAGGCAAGCAGCCACGAAUUCCUUCGAGAUAAUGUACUGGAAGCUUAUGAAUAACAGCGCAUACGGCAAAACUAUGGAAAGUGAGCGUAAAAGGGUUUCAGUCAAGCUCGUCAAUCAUUGGGAUGGUAGAUUCGGCGCUGAAGCAUACAUUUCAAGACCCGACUUUAAAAAUUGUACAAUUUUCGAUGAAGACUUG